CUUGUGCGAGCGAUCGGCUAACUUUCACUGACAACUCGUUAGGCUUGCUGCCGCGGUUUCGAGUCUCAUUCACAGUCAUUCCGCGACUUCGACGGGCCUCGGUACACAGUCGAGCUGUCCGUAUUCCUCUCUCCUUCGGCGGAAGAGCUGUCACUCCCAAAGUGUAUGUUCAGUGGCUACAUCAGCGGAGUGUAGGUAGUGGCGUGUUCGCGAGUUCCAUGUUUCGCGCAAUCGCUCUUGCAAAAUUGUUUUGUGUCUCGCGCGCGCAGACGUUUUUCCCGGACAUCCGCAGUGACGCAGUGAUAUUUCCAACGUCCAACAUUUCAUCGGGAUAUUUUUCACGGCGAGCCUCUAUCGACUGAUGAAAGGAAAAAUUCGUUUUUGUAGAGCUAUCGCACCGUAUAUAUGUAUAAUCGCGCAAUAUUGAGAGUUACGAUCCGCGGAUUUCGAUUUACGCGUGAUUUGAUUUAAGCGGCUGUUGGACGCGCAUGAUUUUCAGUCAGCGAUGUCAUCCGGGGAUUGACCGUUUGUUCUCGCGAUUGUAAUUGCUUUUUGAAAUUUAGACAUCGUUGUGUGUGUGCGUGUGUACAUGUGUGUGUGUGUGUGUGUAAUUUAGAGGGAAAAUUGCUCUCGUAGACCCGAAAGAUGGAGCAGGCGAAUUAACCCGGCGACGCGAGUUUCUAAAGUAGACUUCGACAACAUUGUUACGGUUCGCUGGGAAAAGUUGAACCGCUGUUGCCUGCGCAGAGUUUCUCGGGAAAGGUAGAUGGAGGGCUCCCGUUACAAUUUCGCCGGUCGUUUCUGCGAUUCUGCGCGCUAAAAGUGCAUUCGACGAUACAAAGAAAUCGUCGACUUUAGAGAGCGAGUUUCUGAACGGGCACCGGAUGAAAGUAAGGCCGGACGUUGUAAGAGGCUUUAUCGUGUGCGGUACGGAGCUCGAAGAAAGUGGAAGUUAACGGAGAGUGAGAGUCUUUUCUCUCUCUUUCGCGAGGAGGAGGAGAGAGAGAGAGAGAGAGAGAGAGAGAAAGGAAUCCGCGAUCUCUUGCAUUCCACAGCAUCGAUCUGCUGGUUACGUUGGUCCAGGGACAGAUGCAGUUCCCUACUGCAGUGGAUGUGUACAUUAUUUUAUCGCAUGUCUGCGAGUCGAUGCGAUAACAAAAAUCAAUUGAUUAUCUCUAAUAUUUUCCGUACUUGGAGAAAUUUAUCGUACUGACAAAAAAUCAACAUGGACACGAGUACGGUACGCUUGGUGAUAUUUUUGGGCAUGUUUCUGAUUUUCGCCGGCGAUUAUAGCAUUUUAAUCUCAUCAAUUUUCGGUUAUGCAACGGAGAGGAACGAUACCAUUAAAAAGCCCGAAUCUCAGCUUAAAGGACCUCCCGAUAAGAUAGCUGUUGUCUCGAAACGAGACGUCGAUAAGAAUAAUGUUGCCUUACGCCGUGCAAAGAUGAUGACGACGAUCAAGACCGCCUGCCUGCCAAAGUUGAUAUGCGAACUCACGUCGUCCGUUCAUCAAGACCAGCUGAGCGAAAUGGAGCGAUCUCUUUUGAAUCUCAUAAGAGAUACAAGUCUGAGCACGAUAGCGGAAGUGCCCUCGAGAUAUCAUUUCGCAGCUCAUAUGGGUCAACUGAUUUCCGGUAUAGAAGGUCAAGGUUGCCACAACUUUUACCCAACGUGUCCAUUGCCGGGUAUUAGCGUUCUAAACAUGAUGAAGAAAGUCCGUCUACGCUGAUAAAAUCGAAAUUAAUUGCUGAUUAAUUGCUGAACCUGUGAUAUUACGUGAAUAUUUUCUCUUUUCGCAGAAGCAUUGAUAUUAUCGAUGAUUCAAUACGUGCAGUGUUCUUUUGGCAAUGCAAAUAAUAUGUACAAAUUUUGUCGAAAAUAAAAUCAAUCGUUGAAAAAAAUGUAAAUUUUAUGCGAUAUUCAAAAUUUGUUCUAAAAAUUGCGAAAUAAAAAUUCUAACUUGCGCAAUUAAAAUCUAAAAUUAGUGAGAUUAUGAAAAAAUAUAUCUGAAAUAAUGUUAUAUUAAUUAACGUCUGACUGAUUCAGUGAUUAAAUAACUGUUUUGUUAAAUUUUAUAGAUGAUUGUUGAAUAACAUUUGAAAUAUUAUUAUGCAAUUACUUAUUGUUUGCGAAAUUCUUGUUUGAUUGGUUCAAUAUUUACAAAGAAUAAAUGUAUAUACUCUUUUUUA